AUAACGUGUCCAUCCCGCGAUUACAGGUAGAUUCUAUCGAUACAUAUAAUUUAAUACAUCGUCUCAAUAAUAUUGGUUAAUAAAAAAUGUGGAACGCUACUGCCGCGUGAUAUUCGUGUCUGCUUUACGAUCAUUUCAAUCCUUCCUCCGCUAGAAUUUCACGAUCGCGGUGUGGUGGAAUUUUCCUGCGGGAAGCCGAGCAAUUGAUCACAACAACAGUCAACUACCGCUCUUCGACCGAUCGCAUCCGAUCAUUGACAAUAGUCCACCGUACUUGAUCUGCUGAGUGAAUUUUUAUUAAAAAACGAUGUCUUAAGAAAGAUCGAUAAAUUGAAACAAGUAGGAAGAUAAUUUUAUCACGAUUUGAUCUGAGGCGCGUGCGGCUAUCGUCUUGUCGGUACGUCAUAGAUGUGGAUUUCCACGUAUGCACAGAUUUCAAGAGAUGUUUUGGCGUGUGAUAAUUGUGGUCAUCGCCAUCCAAAAUGCACAUCCCAACGUAGAAGCCCAACCGAAAUGUUUGUCGUCCGACGGAUAUUACUCCGGCGAAUGUCACAUGGGCACAAAAACCCCGUACAGACAAAUCGGCAAUUCGGACGACUCGCAACUGAAUUAUUCAGGAUGUACCCAAAAAAAAAUUUGGAUGAUGCUACGUCACGGGACGAGAUUCCCUGGAAAAGAUAUGACCAUCAGAUGGAUAGAAAGACUUCCAAAGUUACAGGAGAAAAUAUUGCAAAAUUACUACAUGAAGAAAUCGAGCAUUUCGGCAGAAGCAGCCGAGGAGUUCGUCAAAUGGAGUCAAACUCUGUCCAUCAAAGAUAAUUCAAAACUACAUGCAGAAGGCGAAAGAGAAAUGUUCGAUCUUGCCAAAAGGUGUCAAGCCCGAUUCACUACUCUUUUAUCAGGAAAAUUCAAUAACGAAUCUUACAAGAUCAAAUACACGCCGACGCGACCGACAGAAAAAAGUGCGAAAUAUUUUGCACUUGGUCUUUUUGGCUCGGAAGAGGCCCAAAAAGUUUGGUAUCAUCCACUGGACAAGAAGGACAUAGUACUCAGGUCGUACAAACGAUGCAAUCGCUGGCAAAAUGAAGUGAAACACAAUCCUGCUGCGUACGAAGAGUACAAUUCAUUUCUGAAUAGUAUCAUUGUCGAGGAAAUGUUGGACGACUUAUCAGAGAGACUCGGAUUAUCGAUCGACUACGAUGCCGCCAAUCUCAUGUAUCAAGCUUGUGCCUUAGAGACCGCGUGGGAUAAAAAUUACAACUCACCGUGGUGCAAGGUUUUCUCGCUCGACAAUUUAAAGGUUCUGGAAUACGCGGAGGAUUUGGAAUAUUAUUGGAUCGAUAGCUAUGGAUUCAAUCUCACGUACCAACAAAGUUGCCCAGCUCUUCGUGACGUGUUUGAAUUUUUUCAAGCCGACGAAGACAGGAUAGCUACACUUUAUUUCACACAUUCCGGAAGCCUCUUGAAGCUGCUAGCUCUCCUCGGUCUGGCCAAUGAAACAAAGCCAUUGACGAAUGACUCCUUCGAAGAGCAUCGGGACAAUAGGGUAUGGAGGACCAGCGCUAUCGAUGCGUUUGCUUCGAAUCUGGGAUUCGUUUUGUACGAUUGCGAGAAAACUGGUCCCAGCAUUUUGGCCUUUCAUCAAGAACGAGUGGCACAAAUUCCCGGAUGUCCUGCGGACGCGCCAUGUCCAAUUGCCGUUUUCGAGUCGAUAUAUUCGGAAAGUAUCAACCACUGUCACUUUGAUGAGAUAUGCGGUAACAACGUCGAAGACAAUCGAAAUGGAAAUACACCCUCGAGCCACGUUAAUUUUGUUCUCACAUUCCUAAUGGUCCUUUUCGCUACUUCGCGUCAUCCUCUUUUCACCUAAAAAGUCCGAUUCGAAUGAUUCGGGGUAAUUUACUCAUUAGGCAUUUCCUUUCGUAAGAUAUAUCUGGUUUUGAUCACUACUUGUGUAUUCUCUACAUUUUUAUUAGUAAAAAUUCCACAUUUUCGUGUAUAAA